GCCUUCGGGGCACUUCCCGGUGGCGGGCCUCUCGGGUUGGCUGCGCGAGUAGCCCGAGCCGGCCUCCAGCGCGGGGGUCUACUCCCCUGCAGGUGCCCUCCAGCUGCAGCCAGCCGGAGCCCGCGAUCAGGCCUUACGCACCGGACCGUGGCUUCGGAGGCGGCUCAGGGUGAAUAAUGAAAAUGCAGCCCUGGAGGUUGGUAGCUGUUUUGGUCCUUGGGAUCCUGUAUUCUGUGGGGUCCAGAGGAGAUGUGAGAGCUGUGGAUCCUGAAACAAACAUGAAUGUGACCGAAAUUAUCCAACACUGGGGUUUCCAGGCUGAGGAGUACAUGGUGGAAACACAAGAUGGUUAUAUUCUGUGCCUUCACCGAAUUCCUCGUGGGAGGAAGCACCGUUCUGACAAAGGUCCCAAACAAGUUGUCUUUCUGCAGCAUGGCUUUUUGGCAGAUUCCAGUACCUGGGUCACAAACUUGGACAACAGCAGCCUGGGCUUCAUUCUUGCUGAUGCUGGUUUUGAUGUGUGGAUGGGGAACAGCAGGGGAAACACCUGGUCUCGGAAACACAAGACUCUUUCAGUUUCUCAGGACGAAUUCUGGGCCUUCAGUUUUGAUGAGAUGGCAAAAUAUGACCUACCAGCUUCAGUUAACUUCGUUCUGAAUAAAACGGGCCAAAAACAAGUGUAUUAUGUAGCUCAUUCGCAAGGCAGCACAAUAGGUUUUAUAGCAUUUUCACAGUUUCCUGAACUGGCCAAAAAGAUUAAAAUGUUUUUUGCCAUGGCUCCUGUGGUUUUACUGGAUUUCUGUAGAAGCCCUAUGGCCAGAUUCGGACACUUGCCAGAUCAUCUCAUUGAGGACUUACUUGGACACCAAGCUUUUUUGCCCCAGAAUAAGAUUUUGAAGUGGCUAAGUACCCAUGUUUGUACCCAUGUCAUUAUGAAGGAGCUUUGUGCAAAUGUCUUCUUUCUUCUCUGUGGAUUUAAUGAGAGGAACUUAAAUGCGUCUAGAGUGGAUGUGUAUGUAGCACACUGUCCUGCCGGAUCUUCUGUGCAGAAUGUUUUACACUGGGGUCAGACUGUUAAAUACAAAAGAUUUCAAGCCUUUGACUGGGGAAGCAGUGCCAAGAAUUAUUUUCAUUACAACCAGAGUUACCCUCCCGUGUACAAUGUGAAAGACAUGCUCGUGCCCAUGGCACUAUGGAGCGGAGAGCACGACUGGUUCGCAGAUGCCAGUGAUGUCAAUCUCUUACUGACUCAGAUCCCCAACCUGGUGUACCACAAGCAAAUUCCUGGGUGGGAUCACAUUGACUUUCUCUGGGGUUUAGAUGCCCCUUGGCAGGUGUACAAUGAAGUCAUCGAUCUGAUAAGGAAAAACCCAUGAAAACCAAAUUUCAGACCUGUACAGCAAGUCAUGUGAAAUGUGUUUGCUUAUUUUCCUUUCCCAGAUCUUCUAUAUUUUUAUAUGCAAAAAAAUUAUAACGUUGAUGAUGUCCGGUUCUUCUUAGUUAGGAUUCAAAACAUAUUAGCUGUAUUUUGCCUAUUUCUGGCUGAAUAUGAAGUUAAUGUCACUGCCAUUGUGUUAUCUUUUUAAGUCUUGAAAAAAUACCAUUGACAUAUGAAAAGACCUGUAUAACUAUUCAGUUUCCCCUUGCAAUUUAAAAUCUCCUCUAUUGCCUUUUUACCCCUAUCCAGGAUAAACUAAUACAUGCACUGGAAAUUUUCCACUCUGUUGAUUGUUGGUAAACAAUCUGUCACCAGCUUAAGCACAGUAUAAAAAAAGUAUUAAGUUCUCAUCUUUUCUUAAAGGAUUCCCUAGUCUAAUUGUCUUAUAUUUAAAGAGCUAAAUAAGACAUUGUCAUAUUUUUGUAUAGUAGAUAUUUAGUCAAGUGCUUUGCUAUCCUAACUGUGCCAGUAGUAAAGAUUCCAUAAUGAAUUUUAUUAGACCACAAUAACACAUGUUUAGCAAAUGUUUAAAUUGCUCAGGGCAAGCAAAAUAGGUUGCUGGGGUCUUGAAAAGCAGAUUGUACUGAUUUAAAAAGCCUGUGUUAUAAAUAACUUGAAGACUGAUACAUUCUGAUAUGUGUGAACUCUAGAUUGCAUGGCAGGCUGUAAUUCCACUUGUCUCAGGAGAAAAGUACGGUGGAGAGACUGUAAGGAGCUCUGAACCACUUGCUGUCACUCAGUGACGAUGUCAUUGUGAAUCCAAAACCCUGUGGUCCCUCAUGAGGUUUGCUAGUUCAUUUUCACUCAUAUAAAAUGUGAAUAUGAAUGUUUUCAGAUUAAAGUUCAACUCAGGAAUUCAUUUUAUAUUUUAGUUCAGCCUUGUCUAUAUUUUUUUAACUCUGCUUUGCAUUCCUAUAUCAGAAAGCCUAUGUUUAUCUGCUUUUCUUACAGCAUUGUUUCUUAUAAUACUGUCAGAUGGACAGAAUGGCAAUUGAUAUGUUUUCCUGAUAUAGUUACUUUCACUGCAAUAACAGUACAUGGUCUUGGCUACAUGUGGGCAGAGUAAUACUACUUGUAACGUGAAAAGAUUUUGCUUAAACUUUUCAAUAAAACUGAGAGAUUCAUAGGA